AGCGGAAAGGUUAGGGGGUUAUCUGCUCGCUAAGAAGCCGCUUUAGAAAAAAAAUCCAGCGAGGGAGUAUAUUUACGGACCUUAAAACGUACAACCCCGAAACCUAGAGAGAGAGAAAGAAAGAGAGUACAUCUUCCUCCAUUGAUGGAAGAAGGAGCCUACAAGCUCUAAACCAGCAAAUUAAUCUUCCUGAAAAUUCUGAAAAUUUAUCCUAACUUGAAAGUCACUUUUAGCUUUUUGGGUCUCCUAGUUCAUUCUUUAUAACGGGAGGCCCCACGAUGACCUGGUGCUCAUAGACCCAAGCCAAAGAUCUGAUGAGCUGACUGUACUCAGUGUAGAUUGGACUUGGCUGUGAUCUUUGUCCAAUAGUGCCUGAGAUUCGCCUUAACAUUGGUAGAGGAGGAAUGAUGUUGAUUUUGAGGCAAUUAGCUAGGAGGGAAAUUCAGGCUGCUGCUCAGCCUGGUUUGCUUGCUCGUUUGAGGCUUGACAAGCAGCUGAUCGCCACUAGAUGCUUUGCUGCCCCUACUCAGGUGAAGCCGAAGCCAAAGCCAGAUGUCAAAAAUACGAAGGGACCUCGUCGAAAUGAAGGAAUCACGGCCCGCUUUGUGAGGCUUGUCACUGAUGAAGGGCAUGCUAUUGUUUCAAGACAUGAAGCACUAGAUCGUGCAUUGAAACUGAAGCUUGAUUUGGUUGAGGUUCAAGGCUCAGCAGAUCCACCUGUUUGUAAAAUUAUCGACUUUCACAGAGAGAAGUACAAGCACCAAUUAAAGGAAAAAGAACGUACCAUGAGCAAGUCAGAUCUGACUAUGCGCAAGGGGGAGCCUAAAAACAUCCGCUUUUCACCGAAAACUGAACUUAAGGACCUACAAAUGAAAGCAGAAAUGGUGAAAAGACUAUUGGAACGUGGUUACAGGGUUAAGUGUACGGCCAUGGGAAAUGAAGAUCAAGAUUUGGGAGAUCUCCUAUCACGCCUGGCGGCUAUGAUCGAAGAUGUUUCGGUUGUGGAAAGCGGUCCACGUGUGGAGAAAAGGAUUGCUUACAUGAUAGUCAGGCACAUCAAGUUUGGCCAAUCAAAGAAGCAAUCUGCAAAAAAGGCUUCUAAGAUUGUUGAAACAAAACAAUCUCCAACCCAAAUAUCUGCUUCACCUCAGCCUGAAAUCGAUGGUCUCAUAAACUCUAGUCCCAUUCCUCUUAUCAUGGAAGAAGCUUCAGAACCUACUGUUUCUGAUUCAGAAGCUGAAAGCUCAGAACUUGAACCGUUUGAGGACUCGGAGGCUGCUGAUGAUGCAAGUUGGUCGAUUUUUGGCACACCUGAGGAACCCGAAGUUUUCGACAUUGAUAAGUUUGGUGUUGAUUCUCACCUUGAACAAGAAGGAAAACCUGAUAAUCUCUUUCAUGAUUUUGGGGAGUUUCUUACCACCUCAAGGAGUACUGAUACAUCAACAGGUAUGCCUUCCAUCAAGUCUUGCAAAGAAGUCCCAGAUAACACACUUGUAGACAUUUCCUUCCAACCAAAGUCUUCAUUUGUGGAUAUGGAUCAAUUGAGAGAGAGAGGGGCAAAGGAGAUCGCUCAAAAUGUGAAAUCAGUUGAAAGGAGAGAGGAAGAACAAAUGAGGAUAGCUCAAGAAAUAAGACGAGCUGAGAGAAGACCGAGUGAGAGAAUCAGUCCAGUUAUUGAGAAGAAGAUAAUACCAGGUGAGAGAAUCAGUUCAGUUAUUCAGAAGAUGAUAAUACCAGGCACCCCCAAUAUCCCAUCAAUGCCUUGUCAAAGCUUUCGUAUCAAGAAUAUAGAUCGUCCUCAAGCCGAGCAAGCUCAGAAGAGCACUCCAACUAAUUCAAAACAAGGAAAGUCAGUUCAGGAUACACCGACCAAUACAGUAAAGUCGAGCUUUGGUAUCUUUAGUUCUCCAAAAAGCUCAGCGACCACAAACAACCCUAGGGCGCUGUCUGAAGAAAAGGAGAAACCAGUGAGCCCAAGCAAUUCGACUGAAGCUUUGAAGAAACCCACCCAAGCUUCGGACUUGACACCAGAGAUCAAGAGGGAGAAUAGCGGGACUCAGCAAGGUGCAUGGGGUAUAUUUAGUACCACUCAAAGGAAGGCACAAAGAUGAUCCUCAUUCGCAAAGGAGAAAAGUCCAUGGAUUUUAUACAAAGGAUAUAUUUAUUUCCAUCUGAUCAGAUGGCUAAGUUUAGGUUGUCCAUUUUUUGAUGUGCUGGAGCAGGUCAUCAUUUUGCUUUCACCCAAGGUGGAUAGAAGAGGUCAGGUGGUCUCCUCUAAAAUCAGAAAGUGGGCGAGUGCACUUGUAGUCAGCGGCCUUUUGGGUUUGUUUUAUUUGUAAAUUUUGCAGGGUCAUUUUGAAGUAGUUUUUCCAGUUGAAUAACGAUUAGUUUGGAUGCACCCAUAACUUUGUUGAAUUGACAACAAUUAAUCCA